UUCACCUAUGGUCUACCCGAUCCAGCCCCUUUUUGCUUUCGGUUUUGCGUUUAUUUUAAGAUCUGUUCGUUGAUCAAACAUUUGUACAAAGCUGAAAGCCCGAGACGCAUUCCCGAUUCCGAAACGAACCUUGUCGUUUUUCAAUUUUCACAUCGCCUUCAUUCUCUGUGCCGCUGCCUGCCUCGUGCUCAGCGCCGUUACCUCCGCGCACCGCCAAUCUCUCCAUCGUAGACGUCAAUAACCCAAGUGUGGAGGAAGGAAAUAAGUUAUCAAGUUUGAGGACAACUUGACAUGUCAGCACUCUUCAACUUCCAUUCGUUUUUAACGGUAGUGCUGUUGGGGAUCUGCGCCUGCACUUAUUUGAAGAUGCAUUUUCCUGCUAUCUUUGAACAGAGAACUGGGUUUCGCGGUUUCUUUUGGAAGGCAGCCAGAAUAGGUGAGCGCUUGAGUCCAUGGGUGGCUGUUGGAUGCUUCACCAUGGGUGUGUCAAUUAUCUUCUUCUAAGCCACGUAUUGUUAUAUUCAGAUACAUUUCUGUCAUAGUACAGGCAUCGAGCGCCAAGCAGAGCCUUUUGAUGGGUGUUAUCAUAGAUUCUUAAACAGGCCUGUUAAGUUGGAAAUCUGACGUGAACGCUGCAUGAAAUACUUAUUGUUGCUGUUUGGUAUUGUCACAAUUUAUAUAUGUUGCCAGAUUUUAGAUUCCGAGACUGGAAGCUACUUAACAGCAAAAAAUAUAAAAUUUUGUAAUCAAAGCAUGCUACGAGUGGCAUGUUAUUCUAUACUUGUAUGUGCAUGUAAGAGUAGAAUGAAGGAAAAGUCCCGUGUUUAUAGGUGAGGUUAGACUCACCAUAAUAUGUAAA